GGCGUGUCUACAGCAGGUGGGGGCGGGUCAGGCCAGGCCGGUUGUGCCCGCCCUCUUCCCCGCUGCCGGGCUCCCUGUCUCCCUGAGCCGAGCCGGAGAAGUUGCCGCCGCCUGGAGUCGGACCAUGUGCGGCCGCUCACUGCCCCACCUGGCGCUGGUCGCCUGCCUGUUGUUAUUGUCCGAGUGCACGUCCGGCCCAGCCGCCGAGCUCACCGUCCCCCGGAGGAUCGUGCCGCCCGGGCCCGGGGAAGGAGCGGGUCACCGGGCGAGGAGAGGGAUGUUACCCGCUGUAGGUGGAGCUGCGAGCUGGGGGCAGCAACCUCUGUACCUCCUGCUGCCGGCAUUCGGCACCGAGUUACUGCUGGACCUCAACCUGGAGCAGAGCUUCCUGGCGCCGACCCUCACGGUGGAGGAGCGGGGAGACGGGCAGCCCAGAGUCCGCCAGCUUCCAGCCCACAGCCACUGCUUCUACACCGGCCACGUCCUCAACCAGAGUCGCUCAUCCGCCUCCCUCAGCACCUGUAAUGGACUGUUUGGAUAUAUCCAGAUUGGUGAUGACCUGUUGUCAAUAGAACCUGUAAAUAAAUUGAACUCGUCAUUCAGUGGAGAAGUUCACCAGAUCUACAGGCAUGAACGGUCCCUCACAUCAAAGAGUAAACACCUGAAGAAUGACUUCUGCAAAGUGAUUGAAGGAAGAAAGAGACUGAAGAAAGCUGAUGGUUGGCGGCCUAGAAGAAAUGCCAUUCGAUUAACCAAUGAAUACACAGUGGAGACGUUAGUGGUGGCAGAUUCUGACAUGGUUGAAUAUCAUGGUGCCGAGGCUGCUCAACGAUUCAUACUGACUGUCAUGAACAUGGUAUAUAACAUGUUUCAGCAUCAUUCUCUGGGAAUCAAGAUCAAUAUUCAAGUGACCAAACUAAUCUUGCUUCGUAAUCGUCCCGAUGAGCUAUUGAUUGGCCAUCAUGGAGAACGGUCACUGGAGAGUUUCUGUCGCUGGCAGCACAAGGAAUUUGGAACAAAAUAUUUGGGGAAUAACCAUGUUCCUGGUGGAAAAGAUGACUUUCCAGCUGUGGAUGCUGCUGUGUUUGUCACAAGGACGGAUUUCUGUGUACAUAAAGAUGAACCUUGUGAUACUGUAGGAAUCGGCUACCUUGGUGGAGCAUGCAGUGCAACUCGCAAGUGUGUACUUGCUGAAGAUAACGGUCUCAAUCUGGCCUUUACCAUUGCCCAUGAGCUGGGCCACAACAUGGGUAUGAGCCAUGACACCGAUCACUCCUCAUGUGCUGAACAUUUCCACAUCAUGUCUGGUGAAUGGGUCAAGGGAAAAAAUCCAAGUGACCUGUCCUGGUCUACCUGUAGCCAUGAUGACCUGGAGAAUUUUUUGAGGUCAAAAGUCAGUGCCUGCCUCUUGGAAACUGACCCUAGAAGUCACUAUAUAACGCGGCUACCUCCCAAACUGCCAGGCAUGCACUACAGUGCUGAUGAACAGUGCCAGAUUCUUUUUGGAGCCAACGCAACCUUAUGCAAAGAUAUGGAGCAUUUAAUGUGUGCUGGACUAUGGUGCCUGGUAGAAGGAGACAAACCAUGCAAAACAAAAUUGGAUCCUCCUUUGGAUGGUACAGAAUGUGGUGUUGAUAAAUGGUGCAGAGCUGGGGAAUGUGUCAGUAAAACACCAAUUCCAGAACAUGUGGAUGGAGACUGGAGUACUUGGAGCCAGUGGAGUAUGUGCAGCCGGACAUGUGGAACAGGAGCCAGGUUUAGACAAAGAAAAUGUGACAAUCCCCCUCCAGGGCCAGGAGGGACAAACUGCCAAGGAGCCAGUGUGGAGCACAAAGUGUGUGAGAACUUACCUUGUACCAAGGGAUUGCCCAGUUUCAGGGAUCAACAAUGCCAGUCUCAAGACAAGCAAGGUCAUAUGAAGAAAAAACACUGGACUGCAGUCCUCAACGAUGAUGAUCCCUGCACUUUAUAUUGCUCCUCUUUUGGGAAAGAGUCCCCUGUCCUAGUAGCUGAGAGAGUUCUUGACGGGACUCCUUGUGGGCCAUAUGAGACAGACCUUUGUGUGAAUGGCAAGUGUAAGAAGAUUGGCUGUGAUGGAAUCAUUGGCUCAGCAGCCAAAGAGGACCGCUGUGGUAUGUGUAACGGUGAUGACAAGUCCUGCGAAAUCAUCAAAGGAGAUUUCAAUCAAAGCCGAGGAAUGGGUUAUGUUGAAGCUACUGUGAUCCCUGUUGGUGCCAGGAGGAUUCGUGUAGUUGAAGAGAAACCAGCCCACAGUUUCCUGGCUCUAAAAGAUUCAACAAAACAAUCCAUCAACAGUGAUUGGAAGAUUGAACUUCCUGGCGAGUUUCCAAUGGCAGGAACGACAGUCCGUUAUGUGCGACGGGGACUGUGGGAAAAGAUGUCUGCUAAGGGACCAACUAAAACACCACUUCAUUUAAUGGUGCUGCUAUUUCAUGACCAAAGCUAUGUUAUCCACUAUGAAUACACAAUCUCGGUGAACAACUCCAUUGAAAGCAGCAGCGAGGUGCAAAAACAGCUGGAACCUCUUUACCUGUGGACAAACACUGGCUGGGGGGACUGCAGUGUACACUGUGGAGGAGGUGAGCGGAAAACAAUUGUCCGUUGCACCAAGAUUAUGAAUAAGACAUUGGAGGUGGUGAAUGACAGCGAUUGUCAAAACCUGACCCGUCCAGAUCCACAGGUCAGGAAGUGCAAUAUACAUCCAUGCCAGUCACGCUGGGUGGGAGGCGACUGGACUCCAUGCUCCAGCACCUGUGGAAAAGGCACUCAGUUUCGGAAUGUGACUUGUGUCUAUCAGCUACAAAAUGGCACAUAUUUCAAGACAAGAAAUCUCUACUGUCUUGGUCCAAGGCCAUCUACAGUACAGGGCUGUGAAGGGCGUGAUUGUCUAACCCUGUGGGAAGCCUCAGACUGGUCUAAGUGCUCGACAGACUGUGGUCGUGGAAUUCACCUAAGGACAGUGAACUGCACCAGUCCACAAAGCAAGUGUGAUCUCGCGACUAAACCCAGUGAGGAGGAGGAGUGCGAAGACCACACAAACUGCUACAAGUGGCGGACAGGAGAAUGGUCAAAGUGUUCCUCCACAUGUGGAAAGGGCCUGCAUUCGCGGGUGGUUCAGUGUAUGCAUAGAGUCACUGGUCGCCAUGGCAAUGAAUGUCCGACCUUAAGCAAACCACCAGCUUACAAACAAUGCCAGCAGAAACCUUGCAAUGGAAGCAUCAACAUCAACACGAUCACCUCACCCAGCCUUGCUGCCUUGACGUACAAGUGUACAGGAGAUCGGUGGACAGUAUACUGCAGGGUCAUCCGAGAGAAGAACCUGUGUCAGGACAUGCGAUGGUACCAGCGCUGCUGCCAAACCUGCAGAGACUUCUACGCAAACAAGCAAUACCACGGUAGCUAAUCACAGGUUUUUCUGCAGCGUCAGAUAAUUUAAGAGGAGCUUCAACUCUGCCUGAACCUGAGCAGAACUGAGGUUUGUAGAAUUUCUCAAACUGGACGAGAACAAUGUUGAGGCAUGCUGUGGACUCCACACAACAGUUACCCACAGUCCGCACAAGAUCUCUGCAGUUUUGGAUUGUGCUGCAUGAAACAGCUUCAAAAACCGAAAUAGUGACCUUUUCAAGAACUGCUCCCUAUGAACUUCCUUUGGUUCUGCAUUGACCUAUUACUGCAACAUGAACAGCCUGACCGAAUCAGUGGGGAAGGAAAACUUAAGCAGUAGCCUUCUUUUUAUUCAAGAAAAAGGUGUUUAUAAUCUUUCACUGCAUGUUUUUGCGGAGUUAAUAUUAUGGAUUUGAAUUGGUUUCUAAAAAAAAAAGCAAAAGACAAUAAUGGAACUGGAGAAUUGUCCCUUUAGUGGACAGGUCAGGAGAUGUGUUUAAACCCCAAUCCACUGCUUUUUUUCCCUCUUGUCAUUCUGGAUUAUAUUAAUAAUGUAACAAUUCUUUCCAUCCAGAGUAUUGAUCAAACCACUUCAGGAACACAUUUAUAACUUGAUAACUUCAUUUAUAGCAAUUUGAGUAUUUACAGGUUUUUUAGCAAUACAAAGGCAAACUUGAAUGGUGCUAUUUAACCUUUUCACUGCUGUUCUAGCUUUGGGGUCAAUCAUCUUGUAAUUGUGAUGGACUCCUGUUUGACAAAAACAGGAAAAGGAGACCAAACAGUUAACACUGGUGGAAAAUCAAGAACAGCAUCGCUGCUAGUGAGAGCACGAAGCUAAUCCUGUUCGGUUCCCCAGAUUUUCGACCAAUACAUUGUGAACUUGCUUGAGUGUGCAGAGAUUGAGUGCAUUGCUGUACGAGGAUGUAAUCUUUGAGCUCCAACAGCCCAACGUUGUGUUUCCUCUUUAUGUGAGCACAUGGUUAGUUUGAGUUGGCUAUACUCCUGCAUAGCCAUAAUGCAACCUUAGCUGCCUUGCACUUAUAACAACUGAUAUACUUUGAAGAAGGGACUUAGCAAGGGACUGAGAAAUGGCUGCCUUAGCAUGUAAGGAUAGUGAUGUCAACAUUUUCUUAAUCAGAAAGAAAUAUUGACCCUUUCGGCCAUUCCUCCCCACCCUGAUAAAUGUUAAUGCCCCUAAAGAGCACAUGAGCAUCAGUGAAAUGUAGAAAUUGUUACGGAUGUAUUUCAUACACUUGUCACUUUCUGCCUACAUGCGUGAGGUAACAGUCAGUGACAAACAGAUAUGAGCUUGUAUAACAUUUCACUGCACUGAGAUCCAUGUCUUAGACUCACCAAUGACACAGCACACUGAUAGGUUAGGCUCUCUUCUCCAAUAUAAAUUUCAAUUUCCUAUUUUGACUAGGGUUACAUGAGAGCUUAUUUCCCAAAUCCCGUUCAUUAGACUUCAUGAAAUUCAGUUCAGAGCAACUAUUAAAGGACUGCAAAGGGUGAAUGAAAUAGUUGUCAAGUUACUCACAAAGUCACAGAGGAUACAUUUGGUCAAGACAGUCUCUCCAGCUUCCAUGUAGUUGUUUGGAAAUGAGGAGCAAGGUGAAGGUGUGGGGCUUCCCACUUCUGCAGAUAUUUUGAACAAAGCCCAGCAAUUUGGAAACUCACUUCUUUUGGGAGGUAUCAUUUUGAGUGUCAUAUAAACCCCAUUUCCCUUGAGACCAGAGGCUGUCACCAAAAUCUGGGAUUGAAAUAAGUCAACUCUCUUUUUUGGCAAAGUGAAAUUAGUUCUGCAUGCUCUUUCUCCUGUAGAGAUGUUAAAUAGAACUCUCAGCACAAAAUCUGCCCUCUACCACAAUUAGAACUUCCCUUACUCUGUAGAAUCUCAUUGUAUGCCUUUCUCCCCCAUGUGUUUUCUCUAGUUUCAUCAUAAAUAUUUGGGUGGUAUGGUGGCUCAGUGGUUAGCACUGCUGCCUCACAGCACCAGGGUCCCAGGUUCGAUUCC